UGGUGCCUCCACCAAGCCCUACACCAAGGAAGAGGAGGAAAAGAUGGCCGCCAUAUUGAAGGAGAGGCAGGAGAAGAAAGAGGCCAAGAAAAAGGCCCUGAUGGAGGCACAGGCGGCGAAGUUGAAAAAGAUAGAGGAGGAGAUGGCCAGAGAGAAAGAAAGACUGAAGAAAGAAGAGGAAGAGAAACUAAAGGAGGUGGAAGAGGAAGAGGAGGAAGAUGAGCAGCCACUGGAAAGGAGGAGAGAGCAACGAGGGCAAUACAGUGGCAGCAAAAAUGAAGAGAUGGAGAAGAGGAUUUCAGAGUGGGUUGCCAACUUGUCUUUGGGAGAAGAGGAGGAGGUAGCCAUGUAUAUCCCCAAGGACGAGCAGGAGGCCGCCGUGAAGGAAUGGGAUGCCGAAGGAGAUGCUUUGAAGCGGCAGGUGAUGGAAGAUGAGAAGAGAAUGGAGUGGAAGUUGAGGAUGAUGAGGGAGAAGAAGAAGAGGGUGGAUGUGGCAAGUGCAGCGGUCAAAGAGUUGGAGGAGGUGCAGAAACUGAGUCUACAGUUGACCCCUCAAGAAGAACAGUAUGAGUUUAGUCGAAGUCAGGAUAUGGUUGUGCACUCGAUGCGGAUGGGGUUUCGAGACUUUGCUCGCGAACUGGUAGGCGCUGUAGGAGCCGAGGUGAACCAUCGCCUCGAGAAGACCGAACGAUUUUGCGUCGGCGCCAUUGAAGGUGUCAAGGCGACAGCCCCCAAGGAGGAGGCAGCACGUCCUCGCAGAGAGCCAGUCAAGGUCAAGUUCCCUGAUUCCUACAGUGGGAAAAAGGAAGAAAACUUUGACAAUUGGGAGGCCAAUGUCAAGACCUAUGUGCAUCUGCAACAGGUCUCCCCAGGUCAGCAUGUAUUGAUUGCGAUCCAUGCGCUUAGAGAUGAGGCUGCCAGUUUCGUGAGAUCCCUAGUCCGCUCUGCCAACUGCAACGAUGAUGCAGGUGCUUACUCGUCGUUCACCCCCCUCAUAGACUUUAUGAAGUUGCUGCGCGAGCGAUUCGCUGAUGUCGCCCGCGGUGUCAAAGCCUCUGAUAGGCUUCAAACUAUCCAUUCUCGCCAAUGGAAGAGUGUCAGGGCACUCAAAGGAGUUAUGGAUGAAUGGGUGGUUGUUCCUGACCACGGGGUCACAGAGACCCAGUUGGUCAACCUCUUCUAUAGGGCCAUGCCCGAAUCGCUGCGUUGCCACUUCUUUGCGAAGAGUCAAGAUCCUGCUAUGACUGCAAAGAAGUGCGAAUGGGCAAAGACCCAAGUGUUGUACCUAGGCCACGUCUUAGACGGAGAUGGCGUCAAGGCAGAAGACUGCAAGAUCGCAGCGUUUAGAGAUUGGCCCACACCGCGUCCGUUGACAGAGUUGCGGUCAUUCCUGGGCCUAGCCAAUUACUAUAGGAAGUUUGUGAGGAACUUCUCCACUAUCGCUGCGCCCCUUCGCAGAUUAUUGAGGAAAAAAAACAUCUGGAAGUGGGAUAAGGACUGCACGUCUGCCAUGAAGAAAUUGAAGCAGGCAUUGAUAGAGUACCCAGUCCUUAAGGUGGCCGAUCCGUCCCUACCCUUUGUCGUCACUACGGACGCCAGCCAGUACGGCAUAGGUGCUGUUUUGCAGCAAGACGAUGGCAAUGGUUAUAGACCCUUAGAGUUCAUGUCUGCUAGGAUGCCUUCAGAAAAGGUAGCGACAUCGACUUAUGAGCGAGAACUCUACGCUCUCAGGCAAGCGUUAGACCACUGGAAGCACUACUUGCUUGGGAGGCACUUCAAAGUCUAUUCAGAUCAUGAGACGUUCAGAUGGUUAAAGACCCAGGCCAAGAUGACACCUAAGCUUACUAGGUGGGCCGCAGAGAUAGAUCAGUAUGAUUUUGAGCUCAAGCCAGUAAAAGGGAAGUAUAACGUAGUUGCGGAUGCUCUGAGUAGGAGAGCGGACUACUUUGGAGCAAUAGUUCACUAUCUGGACAUAGGGAAGGACCUGCAGCAAAAGGUUAGAGAAGCGUACGCGCAAGACCCUAUCUAUAGUGACCUUCUUAAGAAAGUAAAGGAGGCCCCAGAGACCGAGCCAGAUUACCGCACUACUGAGGGGCUGCUCUUUGAGAAGACUAACGUAUUUGACCGAUUGUGCAUUCCCAAUAGCGAAGAAAUCCGUAGCCUGAUCUUAGGAGAAUGCCAUGACACAGAGGGUCAUUUCGGUUGGCAAAAGACUCUGGCCAAUCUAAUGCACGCGUACACCUGGCCGGGUAUGAAGAAUGACUGCGUAGAGUAUGUUCGCAGUUGUAAAGUCUGCCAGCGGAAUAAGACUACUACGCGUGCCCCGCUAGGUCUUCUCAGACCCUUACCUAUCCCUGAUCAGCCCGGAGAUUUAGUGUCCAUUGACUUCAUGGACUCGGGUGUCAAGAGAAGACAUGGCAAGAGCCAAGUCACGGUGGUAGUCGAUAGAUUCAGUAAAUAUGCUAUUUUUGUUCCUUUGCCUUGAGAAGCACGGACAAAGUUAGUCAUUCGUAAAUUUUUUGAUCAUUGGGUCAGUGAGCACGGGGUCCCAUUGUCUAUAGUUAGUGAUAGAGACACCCGGUUCACGAGUCAGAACAGGCAGGAGUUGAUGAAAGUCUAUGGCUCUAAGUUGCUAAUGUCAUCUGGCCGUCAUCCAGAGACCAACGGUGAGACUGAGCAAAUGAAUAAGAUCCUGCAAC